AUGACAGGCUUUAAGUCCGCAGAAAACAGCGAGCGCGCGAAUGGCAAUGGCGUGACGAUGGCACCAACGGCUGGGGAAGGCGCAUCUGCUGAUAGGAAUGGUCACUGUGAUCACUUUGACCACGUUGACUCCGUUGACUGCCUUGACUCGGUUGACCAGGGUGACAGAGGGAAGGAGCCAGCUGUCAUGUCGGUUGCGUCCAUGAUGCUGGAUGCUCAGGCUGACUUGCUUGACUCCCUUGAACGCCCUGAGAUACUGAGUAUCAUUGACGGCCUCACACCACCGCCAAUGGAGCGACCCAAGCUGGUGGUGGAGCUGGGCGCGGGCAUUGGCCGCUUCACUGCUGACCUGGCACGCAGGGCCACGUGGCUCACUGCCCUUGACUUCCUGCCGCACGCCCUUGCUGUGAACGUGCAAGCACAUGCCCACCAGCAUCCCAACGUUGACUUCGUCUGUGCUGACGUGGCAGAUGCCUCGUCAGCCGCCCUGCUGACGAGGCUGGCGCCUGACCUGGUGUUCUCCAAUUGGCUGCUCAUGUACCUCUCGGAUUCAGAGGUGCACGCCUUGGCGCAAGAGCUGCUGCGCGCCCUGCCCCCUGGAGGCUUAUUCUUCUUCCGCGAGUCCUGCCUGGAGCAGUCUGGCAGCCAGCAACGCCGCUCCAACCCCACCCACUACCGCCACCCGCUCUUCUACUGCCAGGCCUUCUCAGAAGCACAUCGCCCAAUCAACCAGCACCAGAGCCAUCCGCAGCAGCAGGGGCAGGAGAAGCAUGAGGGGCAGGAUGAGGGAGGGGAGGGGAGGUUCAGACUGAGGGAGAUGAGGAGCGUUGCAGCGUACUCCCGAGUGAAGGGUUUCCAGACGCAGGUGUGCUGGGUGUGGCAGAAAGUGCUACAGAGCAUUCACGAGGGACUUCACACCACCCAGAGCAGCAGGAAGGAGAGCAGGGAGAGCAAGGAGAACAAAGAGAAGGAGGAGAAGGAGGAGGAGAAGGAGGGGAGCGAGGAGGAGCAGCAGCAGUACAGCCUGGAGGGCAUCCUGCGCUACGAGCACAUCUACGGGCGUGGCUUCGUCAGCACUGGCGGUCGAGAUCUCCAAAGCCAUGAAAGCGCUCCCAUCACUCUGCCGAAAUACGCUGCCUCCCUGCCACCCCUCCCAGCAUCCACACUUGCUCUCCUCCCGCUGCUCUCGCUGACCCCCGAGCACCAAGUACUGGACGUGGGGUGUGGGCUGGGAGGCAGCGCUCUGCUUUUGACAUCCACACUCGCUCUCCUCCCGCUGCUCUCGCUGUCCCCCAAGCACCGGGUGCUGGACGUGGGGUGUGGGCUGGGAGGCAGUGCUCUGCUCAUGGCUGAGACGUAUGGCGCUAGCGUGCAUGCCAUCGACCUCUCUCCUACCAUGAUGCGCCCUCUCCCACAUCUUUUCUCCCACCCGCUCUACCAGAUCUCUCUUGCCAUUGAGCGAUCCCGCAGCAUUCGUGCUGCGGAUGCCACGUCAGCACCGACAUCCACGUCAGCAUCCGUGCCCGUGUUGCAGUUCGAAGUGGCUGACUGCCUGACCAGAGACUUCCCCAAUGCGUCCUUCGACUGCAUCUACACCCGCGACACGCUGCUGCACAUCCAGGCAAGUCAUCUAGAUGACAAGCCUUUCCUGUUCUCCCGCUUCCACCGCUGGCUCAAACCGGGCGGCAGAGUGCUGAUCACGGAUUACUGUAGUGGAAAGGACAAGGAGGAACAGUGGUCUCAAGAUUUUAAGAGCUACGUGGCACAACGCGGUUACCACCUGGUCACCGUCAGGCGCUACAGUGAGAUGCUCCAGGCAGCUGGUUUCCACGUGCUCAGGGCUGAAAAUCGAUCACAGCAGUUCCUUGGUAUUCUGGAGGAGGAGAAGGCUCGCUUGCUCUCUGACACUGGCAGCACACAGCCAUCAGCCUCGGUAACCCCACCACACCGCAUCACACCCACCAUCACACCGCAUCACACCCACCACACCGCAUCACACCCACCACCACACCGCAUCACACCCACCACACCGCAUCACACCCACCACACCGCAUCACACCCCCCACACCGCAUCACACCCACCACCACACCGCAUCACACCCAUCACACCGCAUCACACCCACCACCACACCGCAUCCCACCCACCACACCGCAUCACACCCACCACACCGCAUCCCACCCACCACACCGCAUCACACCCACCACCACACCGCAUCACACCCACCACACCGCAUCACACCCACCACCACACCGCAUCACACCCACCACACCGCAUCACACCCACCACCACACCGCAUCACACCCACCACACCGCAUCACACCCACCACCACACCGCAUCACACCCACCACACCGCAUCACACCCACCACCACACCGCAUCACACCCACCACACCGCAUCACACCCACCACCACACCGCAUCACACCCACCACACCGCAUCACACCCACCACCACACCGCAUCCCACCCACCACACCGCAUCACACCCACCACACCGCAUCCCACCCACCACACCGCAUCACACCCACCACCACACCGCAUCACACCCACCACACCGCAUCACACCCACCACCACACCACGCAUGGCACCUUGCUUGUCCAUCUAG